AUGUCUCGCGCUGCACUAAUGAAAGAGGCCUUUGAGCUUCUUCAAAAGGAUGGGAAGAUACCAAAAGCUUCUGUUCCGACCGCAUUGCGGGCUGCUGGAUUGAAUCCCAGCGAAGAAAGAAUAAAAGAAAUCAUGACAACUGUAACCGAUUUGGAUAUGGCAUCUUAUGAAGCCCUUGUUGCAAAACAUGAAGAUAAGACGGAUACGGUGGAAGCAGUAAAAGAGGCCUUUCGAGUGUUUGAUAAGGAUCUUGAUGGAACAGUUUCUGUUGCGGAGUUUCGUCAUAUUAUGACUACAAUGGGAGAGAAAUAUACUGAAGAAGAGUUCCGUGAUCUUAUUCAGGGAUUUGAUGAUAAUGGAGUUAUUCAUUACGAAAAAUUUGUGGCAAAAAUGCUUGCCCCUUUUACAGAUCACGGAAAUCCGGAAGAUAUGAUCUGA